ACGGACAAUGACAUCGCUGCUCAUGCACGCUAAAUGAGCUAAACGUAGCUCAUUGUGCACCACAGUCCUUCUACAGAUAAGAUACCAAAUAACUUAAAAUAGAGAUAAGGAUGCUCCCCUAUUUUGCAUCAGUGCUGUUGGCCACAACUCUGACCUGUGUCUGGACCCAAGACCUGCAAAACAACAGGAAAGCUAAAUCUCGCACAAAAACCUUGGCUGCAAAUCUUUAUGAUGGACAAGCCAUCCUAGAUGAAGACUGCAGUCUGGAGCUUUCCUUUCUGAUGGACAGCUCCGAGAGUGCCAAGGAUAACCACGAGCAGGAGAAGCAGUUUGCUAUGAACUUGGUGAAUAAACUCCAAGGCUUUAAGCUGAAUUCGGGCCGCAGCAUGAGCCUGAGGGUGGCGCUGCUCCAAUACAGCAGCCAUGUCAUCACGGAGCAAAGGUUCAGCGACUGGAGGGGACUGGAGAAUUUUAGGAACCGUGUGACUCCCAUCAUCUACAUCGGCCAUGGCACCUACACCACCUACGCCAUCACCAACAUGACCAAGAUCUACAUGGAGGAGUCCAGCCAGGGGAGCAUCAAAGUAGCCGUUCUCCUCACAGAUGGCUCCUCGCACCCGAGGAACCCGGAUAUUUUCUCUGCUGUUGCUGACGCCAAGAACCAGGGCAUCAAAUUCUUCACUCUUGGCAUCACCCGGACCGCCAACGAGCCCACCAAUGUAGCCCAACUUCGAAUGAUCGCCAGCUCUCCUGCAUCCGAAUUUCUCCACAAUUUGCAGGACAAGGAUAUAGUUGAGAAAAUAGCUUCUAAGAUUAGUGACCUGGCAGAUGAAGGAUGUCCUCUGACUCAGAAAUGUGCUUGUGAGAAAGGCGAGAGAGGGCCGAGUGGGCCUGCGGGGAAGAAAGGUCGCGCUGGAGAAGAUGGAGCCCCAGGGCUGAAAGGGCAAAAGGGUGAAGCAGGACUAGGUGGUCUACCUGGACAAGAAGGUACUGAGGGAAAACCAGGUUAUAAAGGCGAUAAGGGUGAAAGGGGAGAAUGUGGCAUUCCAGGAGUCAAAGGAGACAGGGGUCCUGAGGGUUUACUUGGUGUAAGAGGGCAAAGAGGACUACAGGGGCUACCAGGACCACAUGGUGACAUCGGGCCAAUGGGCCCACAGGGAAAGCAGGGGGAACGUGGACCACUUGGCCCUCCAGGAAUUCAAGGGGAAACCGGCAUUGGGCUAACAGGACCAAAAGGUGACAUGGGGUUCCAAGGCCGCCCAGGCCCCAGUGGUCCUCCAGGAGUUGGUGAACAUGGCCCACAUGGACCGCAAGGGCCGCAAGGUGUUCAGGGGGAGAAAGGACCACAGGGUGAGGGCUUCCCUGGACCAAAGGGGGAUCGGGGGCUGCCAGGGCCGAGGGGAUCAAGAGGACAACAGGGGGUUGGAAUUAAAGGAGAACAGGGUGAAUUAGGGCCUGCAGGUCCUCCAGGGUCCACUGGGCUGACAGGAGUGGGCAUACAGGGCGAGAAGGGAGUUGAGGGUCCAAGGGGUCCACCAGGAGUUAGAGGGAUUCCUGGAGCAGGUUUGCCUGGAUCCAAGGGGGACCAAGGUUUACCUGGAGAACAAGGAUCUCCAGGAGAGAGAGGCAUUGGUGAAGCUGGUACAAAGGGGGAGCCUGGAGCUGCUGGUCUGGGGGGCUUGCCGGGUCUUCCAGGAGAAGAUGGGGCGCCAGGGCAGAAGGGGGAGCCUGGGUUAUCCGGUUCAAGAGGUUCUGAGGGACCACCAGGCAUUGGCACUCAAGGAGAGAAGGGAGACCAGGGUCUGAGGGGCAUUCGUGGGUUACACGGACCUCCAGGCAUCUCAGGACCAUCUGGACCAAAGGGUGAACGUGGGGUACCAGGUCAGCAGGGAAAUCCAGGGCAGCCAGGACGAUCUAUAACUGGUCCAAAGGGGGAUCUAGGUCCGUCUGGUCCUCCUGGACCAAUUGGGGAAACAGGCCUUGGGCUUCCAGGUCCAAAGGGUGACAGAGGUCUCAGUGGCCUACCUGGUCCAGUUGGACCAAAAGGCGAAGGCAGCCCUGGUCCUUUGGGGGCCCCAGGCAUGCCAGGUUUACCAGGAGAGUCUGGACCAGAAGGAAUAGGAAUUCCAGGACCUAAGGGGGAUGUUGGCUUUAGAGGAUUACCAGGUUUGCCCGGCCCACCUGGAGAGGGAAUACAAGGACCUCCAGGUAAUGUUGGGAGACCAGGACCCACUGGACCAAAUGGACCUCCAGGAGAGGGUAUUCAAGGACCUAAGGGUGAUCCUGGAUCCCAAGGUAUGACUGGACCUCGAGGGCCCCCAGGAGAUGGGUUUCAGGGAGCUAAAGGUGACCGUGGAUCUCAGGGUGAGAGGGGAAUGAAAGGUGCAAAGGGAGUUUUAGGAGAUCCUGGACUACCUGGUGAAGUAGGAAGAGCAGGAACAAAAGGAGUACCAGGCCUAACAAGAGAAGACGUUAUUAAGCUCAUCAAAGAAAUAUGUGGAUGCGGCGUCAAGUGCAAAGAAAGACCAAUGGAACUGGUCUUUGUGAUCGACAGCUCAGAGAGCGUUGGCCCUGAGAACUUUGAAAUCAUCAAAGACUUUGUCACUCGAUUGGUGGACGGGACCACGGUGGGACGCAACGCAACAAGAAUCGGCCUUGUCCUCUACAGCCUGGACGUCCAUCUGGAGUUCAACUUGGUCCGCUACAUAAACAAACAGGAUGUGAAACAGGCGAUCCGAAAGAUUUCUUACAUGGGGGAGGGCACCUACACUGGAACCGCCAUCAGAAAGGCCACCCAAGAGGCUUUUUACAGCGCCCGGUCCGGGGUCAGGAAGGUGGCUAUCGUCAUCACUGAUGGUCAGACAGACAAGCGAGAGCCAGUUAAACUUGACAUGGCAGUGAGGGAGGCUCAUGCUGCAAAUAUUGAGAUGUACGCUCUGGGAAUUGUCAAUUCUUCUGAUCCAACGCAGGCCGAGUUUCUGAGUGAACUCAACCUCAUCGCUUCUGAUCCUGAUAGUGAACACAUGUACCUUAUUGACGACUUCAACACCUUACCAGCACUGGAGUCUAAGCUCGUCAGUCAGUUCUGUGAGGAUGAAAACGGUGCCCUAAUCUACAAUCGAGUCACAAACGGCCACUGGAACGGGCUUGGUGUUAAUGGACACAUUGGUUAUGGAGGGCAUAACAAUGUACAUAACAACAAUGGGAAUGGAUUUAACAACAACGAGAAGGAGGUCACAAAUCUGAGACGCAUAAACGACCGAAGCCGUGGUGACACUUUCACACUACCAAUCAGUCCUGAUACACUCCCUAUUCAGGUGGUAGAAGAUGAAGAUGGUGAAGAUUUAGAUCUAAGAGCCCAAGUGAGGGCCAGCAGCACUAUGGCUGUAGUGAACAAAACAUAUUUGUCACAUGGGAAGGAAAGUUCUGUCUCGAACGAGGCAGACUUAUCAUCACCAUCAUCAUCAUCAUCAUCAUCCUCCAUACAAGUUUCAGUUUCCUCCUCAGACCCUACUCAGUUGAAGCCAAAAAAGGUCUCCCUUCGCAACCCCCGCUGUGACCUCAACUUGGACCAAGGCACCUGCCGAGAGUACAGCAUCCACUGGUACUAUGACAAGCAGGCUAAUUCCUGUGCACAGUUUUGGUACGGAGGCUGCGCUGGAAAUGAGAACCGUUUUGAGCAAGAAGAUGAAUGCAAGAAGACUUGCGUUCGAUUGAGGAAAGAUACAGAAAGUUUUUAAUAGUAAAUAUUAGGGGUGUCCAGAUCGGAUAUUGAUUUCGGAUUUUUUUAAAAAUCGGAUAAUAUCAGUUGCCUUUAAAAUCUCCGAUGUACAAUACAAGAAGUCUUGCAGCGUGUUAAAUUGUGCAAAGUUAACAUCUAAAUGUCCUCCAAUAGGUACACAAGGUUGAUCCUUUCUUGUGUUUAAGUGAAGUCAUUUACAUAUGGUAAACAUGGUAGGUGAUACUUUGCUACUAGGAACUGGCAGCUACACAACAGCUAAGCAAACAAUAGCACACAAACUAGCUUAAAAUACAACAUGUGUCAAUAUAAACAAGGAUCUAAUAAUUAGGGACCACAAUGUCCCUUUGGGACAGAGAACCCUAUUGUAUUUGUAAGGUUUUAUUAUUAUUAUUCCGCCGCCUCUUUGAGCUGUAAUUUGACCCCCUUAACAUGCUUCAAAACUCACCAUAUUUGACACACACACACAUCAGGACUGGCGAAAAUUGCCAUCUAUUGAAAAACCAAACCCCAAAAUUGCGCUCUAGCGCCCCCCUAGGAAGAAAACAGACAAAACUGCCUAUAACUUCCAGUAGAAAUGUCGUAGCGACAUGAAACAAAAACCUCUAUGUAGGUCUCACUUAGACCUACAUUUCAUACACUAACACUCUUCAGCAAAAAUCAACAGGAAGUUGGCAAUUCUCCCUUCAAAACAAUAGUUUUGUAAAAACAGUCACUCUUGCCUUUUUGAGCUACAAUUUGACCCCCUUAACAUGCUUCAAAACUCACCAAACUGGACACACAUCAGGACUGGCAAAAAUUGCGAUCUAAUAAAAAAAAACAAAAAACCCCAAAACUCAAAAUUGCGCUCUAGCGCCCCCUAGGAAUAAAACACAGACAAAACUGCUCCUCGGAAGAAAACACUGACAAAACUACCUGUAACUUCCAGUAGGAAUGUCGUAGAGACAUGAAACAAAAACCUUUAUGUAGGUCUCACUUAGACCUACAUUUCAUAAAUUAACGACCCCCAGCAAAAAUCAACAGGAAGUUUGCAAUUCCCCCUUCAAAACAAGUUUUGUAAAAAGCGGUCACCUUUUUUUCAAAAAGUAUCUCUUCUGAGCACGUUUGUCGUGUCGGCUUCAAACUAGCACAGGAGAUAGAUUGAACCCUUCUGAUUAAAAGUUGACGAAAGAGUUUUAAUUACUCCUCCAGUUUGGAUUUUAUGUGCCGUCAAAGUCGGUCCCGUCCAUCGCUGCUUGCAGCUUUAAUUAUUAUUUGAUUCUCCACGGCAGAAGCAUAUUAGAAAGUAUCCAGUAACAAACGUGUUCACAUCAUUUAGCUUACUGUAUCAUUAGUUUAUCUUAAUGAAUAAUUGUGACCACUAGGUGUCGCCAAAACACAUAUUACCACUUAGCAUACAUCUGUCAUAAAUUUACUGUUUUUCAUACGUACCAUUUGUACUUUGAGUAAAUGUACUUCUAACAUUCCAGACUACAAAAUGAAAUUAUUUUAUGCCAUAAGGUUAGAGAUUUUCCUACCAACCAUUGUUCUGUUUGUCAUAUCAAAAAAGCUUUGAGCAAGUCAAAUUAGUCAGUCUAUAAAAUUAUACAAGUAUUGGUACUGGGAUAGGCUCCAGCACCCCAAGAGGGACAAGCGGUAGAAAAUGGUUGGAUGGACUAUGAUUCCUGUGAUAUCUUAUUGGAUUAAUAUCAAUCAAUCAAUCAUUUAAAGUUUAUAUAGUCCUAAAUCACGAGUGUCUCAAAGGGCUGUACAAGCCACAACGACAUCAGUAUUAAUAUCAGUAUUGGCCAGUAAUAUCAGGAGCAUAUUGGAAGUGGAAAAGAUGCAUGGGGACACCCCUAGUAAAUAUAUAUAUAUAUAUAUAUCAAUUUAUGAUGCUUGAGUAGUCAUAUUUUGUUUUUCAAAGCAGGAUGAAAGAAAAAUAGGAAAUGUGGGUGUUUCAAUAUUACAAUCAUUUUCUGACAUCAAUGUUUUUUCAUUGGAAAACUCCAAAAUCGGAAAAAGAAUAUACCAAGCAUAUUGCUGGUUCAAACAAAUACAUUACUAACGUGUUGAUUUUGAAAUAUGCAAAAUGUGUUAUGCUAGUCGACAUCCUAUACGUCUAAGCCGCGUGGUUUACAUUGACUAAAUCUCUUUUGCAAGACAACAAUAGUUUUAUUGUACUGGAGUCGUGUUUUUAUUGGCCGCUGCUA